AUGCGUGCUGCCGUCGUCGCCCCUCUCCUGGCCUUGGCGGUCCAUGCCCGCCCCCAGGGAGAUUUCUCACCUUCCGAUGGGGACUUCUCUGCCGACCCCACUGACUUCUCCGUCACGGACUUCCCUACCGACGUUCCUACGGAUGAAUUCUUCAAUCCCGACGAUGGCACCUUUAAUACCCCAGUGAUUCGGUCAGCCGCUCAAGUUACGCCGAUGGAUCCCGGUUUCACCGAAGGCUGUUGCGAGACUACCGUGGUCACGGAAUCGACCACCACCGUCGUCAACAGUUACACGUCCGUCUUUGAUGGCCAGGAGCAGGUCUUUACCUACACCAGCCUCAUCUAUGGCGAGAGAACUCACGUCUACCCUUACCCCACCCAGCCCUACUACGGGCCAACUUACGGGCCUCCUGACGUCACUCCUUACCCGGAGUCGCCGUACGAUGAGCCGUAUGGUGAGCCGUAUGGUGAUGACUACACCGAAUACACCACCAUCUACACGACCCAGUAUGACGAGAUCUGCGAGACUGGUAUUCGUCCUCACGAGUACACCAUCACGGACAGGUACCACGGCCCGUCUUAUGGUCCCCAUUCUCCGGAUUGGUGCCCGCCGGGCUUCACGAAAACUGUCACCGUCUGUGAUACUUGCGAGGACCACUUCACCACCACCUUGACCGUCCCUUGCGAUGAACCGACUGGGUACUCCGAGCCUCCUUACGGUCCGUCCGACGAUGAGUCUUCUUCCGGCUGGUCUUCCGACGAUGAGCCUUCCCACGGCAUACCCUCUCACGGUAAACCCUCCCACGGCAAGCCCUCCUACGGCAAGCCCUCCUACGGCAAGCCCUCCUACGGCAAGCCCCCCCACGGGAAGCCUUCCUACGACGAGCCUUCUGACCAUGAGUCUUACGACGGGUCUUCCGACGAUGAGCCUUCCCACGGCAAGCCUUCCCACGGCAAACUCUCCCACGGCAAGCCCUCCUACGGCAAGCCCCCCCACGGGAAGCCUUCCUACGACGAGCCUUCUGACCAUGAGUCUUACGACGGGUCUUCCGACGAUGAGUCUUCUCACGGCAUGCCCUCCCACGGCAAGCCUUCCCAUGGCAAGUCUUCUUCUGGCUGGUCUUCCGACGAUGAGCCUUCCCACGGCAAGCCCUCCCACGGCAAACCUUCCCACGGCAAGCCUUCCCAUGGCAAGUCUUCUUCUGGCUGGUCUUCCGAUGAUGAGCCCUCCCACGGCAAGCCCUCCCACGGCAAGCCCUCUCACGGCAAGCCUUCCUACGACGGGUCUUCCGACGAUGAGCCUUCCCACGGCGUGUCCUCUCACGGCAAGCCUUCCCACGGCAAGCCUUCCCGCGGCGAGCCUUCCUACGACGGGUCUUCCGACGAUGAGCCUUCCCACGGCGUGUCCUCUCACGGCAAGCCUUCCCACGGCAAGCCUUCCCGCGGCGAGCCUUCCUACGACGGGUCUUCAGACGAUGAGCCUUCCUACAGCGAGCCUUCCGAUGACGAGUCGUACGACAAGCCUUCCUACUCCGACGACGAGCCUUCUUACGAGUCAAGUUACGAACCGACACCCUACCAGCCGUCAUACUACCCGACGCCGCGUCCUUACCCGCCUCAUAUGCCUCACAAGCCAGCCCCUAAGGGCUACACGCCUGGUGCCGAGUAUUAUUCCGAGUCUGCUUCCGAGUCUGAUUCCGAGUGCGAUGAGUGCGGAUCUGGUCCCGAGUCCGGUCCCGAGUCCGGUCCCGAGUCUGGUCCCGAGUCUGGUCCUGAGUCUGGUCCUGAGUCUGGUCCUGAGUCUGGUCCUGAGUCUGGUCCCGAGUGCGAUGAGUGCGGAUCUGGGUCCGAUUCCGACGAAGAUUACUCCAAGACCACUCCAGACUAUGACAACUCAUACACCGAGAAGCCGUACUGGACAACGCCUGAGCCCUACUACUCGACUCCUAAGCCUUACGGCAGCGACGCCGAGAGCUCUAGCUACGGGGAUAACAAGCCCUACGACUCGGCGCCUGACUCUUACUCUAGCGACUCAGAAGGUUCCAGCUACGAGGACAACAAGCCCUACGACUCGGCGCCUGACUCUUACUCUAGCGACUCAGAAGGUUCCAGCUACGAGGACAACAAGCCCUACGACUCGGCGCCUGACUCUUACUCCAGCGACUCAGAGGGUUCUAGCUACGAGGACAACAAACCCUACGACUCGGCGCCUGACUCUUACUCUAGCGACUCCGAGGGUUCUAGCUACGAGGACAACAAGCCCUACGACUCGGCGCCUGACUCUUACUCCAGCGACUCGGAUUCCAGCUACGAGGAAGAGCCCUACUACACAACUCCCGAGCCGUACUACACCCCUACGCCGUACUACACUCCCGAACCGUACUACACUCCCGAACCGUACUACUCCCCCAAGCCGUAUUACACGCCGGAGCCCAAGCCCGACUACACCAACGAUUACGAGCCGGACUACAACACUGAUGACUCCACCGAUUGUGACGAGUGCUCCGGAAAGUCUUCGGGUGACUACACUGACUGCGACGAAAACUGCUCUGGCGGUUACUCUUCUGGUGACUCCACCGAUUGUGACGAGUGCUCCGGAAACUCUGGAUACGAGUCAGAGUACUACACGACUACCACCACUACGGAGUGUGAUGACUAUGCUACGAGCUACCCUGAGGAGCCCUACCACACGCCGGAGCCGUACUACACGCCGGAGCCGUACUACACGCCAGAGCCGCACUACACGCCAGAGCCGUACUAUACGCCAGAGCCUAGUCCCGACUACACCAAUGACUCCGGUCCGGACUACAACACUGAUGACUCCACCGACUGCGACGAAAACUGCUCUGGCGGCUACUCCUCUGGUGGUUCCACUGAUUGUGACGAAAACUGCUCUGGCGGCUACUCUUCCGGUGGUUCCACCGACUGCGACGAGUGCUCCGGCGACUCGGACUACGAGCCUGACUACGAGCCGACUUACACCACCCCUGAGCCGUACUACACCCCUGAGCCGUACUACACGCCGGAGCCGUACUACACGCCUACGCCGGAUUACACCAACGACUCUGAGCCGGACUACAACACCGGUGACUCUUCCGACGACUCGGAUUACGAGCCCGACUACGAGCCUGCGUACACGACUACGACGACCACGGAGUGCGACGACUAUGCGACUGACUACCCCGAACCGUACACGACUCCCGAUUACUACACCCCCGAGCCGUACUACACGCCUACGCCCGACUACACCAACGACUCUGAGCCGGACUACAACACCGACGACACUGAUUCGGACUACGAGCCUGACUACACCACGCCUGAGCCAUACUACACUCCGGAGCCGUACUACACGCCUACGCCCGACUACACCAACGACUCUGAGCCGGACUACAGCACCGAUGACACUGAUUCGGACUACGAGCCUGACUACACCUCUGCCGAGCCGUACUACACCACGCCCGAGCCAUACUACACUCCGGAGCCGUACUACACGCCUACGCCCGACUACACUAACGACUCUGGACCGGACUACAACACGGAUGAUACUGACUCGGACUACGAGCCCGACUACACCUCAGAGCCGUACUACACUCCCGCGCCUACGUACCAGCCAGACUACACGGGCGGCUACGACUCGGGCACCGACUCGGGCUACGACUCGGGCUACGAAAACAGUGCCACGUACACCAUCACGGUCCACGAGUUCUGCUCCACCGGUCUCCACCCCGCCACGUACACGGUCACCGAGGGCUGCAAGCACACGUGCACGUCCGAGUCGGAUGACUAUGUCCCCAAGGGCUGGACAACCACCGUCAGCGAGUGCAACAGCGGAUGCGGCCCCACGCCCAUUACCGCCACGCUCACCGUCACCUGCCACAAGUGCAACGACGACAAUGAUUACGAUUACUACACCUCUGCUGACUAUUCCGCCCCUGUGGAGACUCUUCCUACCUCGUACUAUGGCUCUGAACCCGAGGUGACUGAUACCCCGUAUCCCAGUACCGACACCGACACCGAGCCCGGCACUGAGAGCGAGGGUGAAGGCGAGCCUGGCACUGAGAGCGAGGGUGAAGGCGAGCCUGGCACUGAGAGCGAGGGUGAAGGUGAGCCCGGUGCUGAGAGCGAGGGAGAGGGUGAGCCCGGUGCUGAGAGCGAGGGAGAGGGUGAGCCCACUGAGAACGAAGGAGAGGGUGAGCCCGGAUCCGAAUCUGGGGACGAAGAAGGCGGUGCUCCUGACGCCACUUCCACCGGCGGUGAUUACCUGGCUCCCAGUGACACUCCUACUGCUGACAGUGGCGACUCCGGUUCCGACGCUGCUCCCACUGACGGCUCUGACUCGGGUGCCGCUCCUACUGACGGCUCUGAUUCGGGUGCCGCUCCUACUGAUGGCUCUGAUGCAGGCAACAGCGCCGAUCCCUUCACUGGUGCUGCGUCGACCGUCUCCAUCUCGGUGGCUGCGGUGGUGCUCGGCGGUCUCUUCAUGUCGCUGUGCUUCCUUCAACUGUAA